AUGUCUACCUUUACUCACCUUAUCCGCUUCCUGGCCAAGGAUGGCCAAAUCUAUUACGGCGAUGCUCUUCUUCCAUCGGGGGUGAACGAUAUCGCCAAAGCCACCAAGGCCAGAGUCAUCCAGGGUGACAUCUUCGGCCAGUACCGGAUUACCGACCAGGUCGCAGAUGUGAGAAUGCUUCUCGCACCUCUGGCCCGUAAGGAUAUCGGCACAGUCCGAUGCUUGGGUCUCAACUAUGAGCAACACGCCAAGGAGUCGAACAUGCCCAUUCCCACAUAUCCGAUAUUGUUCUACAAGCCCGUCACCUCGAUUUCCGGGCCCGUAGAUGAUAUCCCCGUGGCCCAACUUGCCCAGGAAGGCGAGGGUCUGGAUUACGAGUGUGAACUGGUCGCCGUUAUCGGCAAAGAGGCUACUAAUGUCCCCGAGAGCAAGGCACUCGACUAUGUCCUGGGCUAUGCUGUCGGAAACGAUGUUUCCCACCGCGAUUGGCAGAUCAAACGGGGUGGAGGUCAAUGGGGACUGGGUAAGGGCUUCGACGGCUGGGCACCGUUUGGUCCUGGCAUUGUUUCUUCCAGUGUGAUUGCGGAUCCGAAUAACUUGGCUAUCUCGACCAAGUUGAAUGGGCAGACGGUCCAGUCUUCCUCGACUAAGGAUAUGAUCUUCGGCGUGGCUAAGACGAUAGCUUUCCUGUCUCAGGGAACGACACUCUUGCCUGGAGAUCUUAUCUUCACUGGAACACCCCAAGGCGUGGGCAUGGGCCGCAAGCCUCCUGUGUGGCUGAAGGACGGCGAUCAAGUCGAGGUUUCGCUGGAGGGCGUUGGAUCCUGUGUCAACCGGGUGGUCUUUGACAAGCCUAGCGCCAAGCUCUAA